AUGGACAAAUUUAUUAUAAAGAAACCUCGUCUGGAUAUUGAGAGUGAGGGGGAAUCUAGAUCGAUAAACGUUGCAACAUGUUCAAAUGAUUUUUCCAAUCCAUCUACUUCUCAGGCCACUACCACCAGCUGUUCCAGUUUCCAAGGAUGUUUAAAGACUCAAGUCGAAGUUGAAGGAUUGGUAUUUGCAAAAAAUGAUAUUGGGCAUUUUGUUGGAGUAUCAAACAUAAGUGAUGCAGAUAAGAUAACUUUAUUACGAAGAGUAUGGGAACCUUUGCCUUCCCACAAGUUCUGUAUUGAAAUUAUUGGGUCAAAGAAACGCACUUUCCAAGUUAAAUGGCUGCAGCGAUUUCCUUGGUUGGCCUACUCUGAUAAGCUGAAAGGUGCAUUUUGUAAAUUAUGUGUAGUAUUUUGUCCAUCAGCAGUUGGUAGUGGAUAUCAUGAGUCUCCGGAAAACUUAGUAAAAAAAGCUUUCCCAAAGCGAGCUAAGAUUCUAAGAGAUGUGUUAGAAGAAAGAGGGAAAGCCAAUAGUGGUCUCCAUAGAUAUUGUGAAACUAGAUGGGUGGAAAGGCAUGACGCAGUUAUUGUUUUAGCUGAAUGCUUUGAAUGCAUUAUUUCUGCACUGGAGGUUGUCAUCGAAAACCAUAAAAAUGAUGCAGCUAUCGAAGCUGCUAGUCUACAUACAAGCUUAUGUAAAUUCGAAUUUAUAAUAACGUUGACUAUAAUGUCAAAAAUGUUAUCUGUAACAUUAACUACAUCCAAAUAUUUACAAAAGGAAACUCUUGAGUUAGGUGCAGCGUUAGAAAAAAUCAGCUUGACGGAAAAAACUUUUUCUAACAUGAGGACAGAUGACGAGUUUUCAAAAGUUUUCAACAUGGCUCAAGAAUUAGCAAACAAAUUAGAAGUUCCUGUGAUGGUUCCGAGGAUAGUUGGAACACAAAGAUUUCGGUCAAAUAUCGAAUCACGAACUCCAGAAGAGUUUUAUCGUCGUACGGUAUACAUUCCUUGCAUAGAUGAAAUAAUGACAUCCCUAAAAGACAGAUUUUUAAGUCACAAGGAUAUAUUAAGAGGGCUUGAUAAUUUUGUGCCCGCUAACUCUGUCAAAAAACAAUAUGAGGACCUAAGACCUGCAUUAGAGUUUUACAAAGAUGAUCUGCGGAGUUCAAACAAUUUCAUUCUGGAAGCGGGGUACAAUCUAUGGAAAACUCACUGGCAGACAUUUGCAGCAGAUAAGUUACCCAAAAGUGCGCUAGAUACCCUUAGAAACAUGGACUGGGACAUGUUUCCUAAUAUUAAAAUUUUAUUAACCAUUCUCGCCGUAAUCCCAGUUACAACAAGUUCAGUAGAACGAUCAUUUUCAACGUUGAAGAGGCUGAAAAACUACCUCCGGAAUUCUACUGGGGAAGAAAGAUUAACAAUGUUAACACUACUAACCGUCCACCGAGAUAUACCAGUAAAUAUAGAGGAUGUCAUCAACGAGUUCAACAGUUCAACAACCAGAAGAUUAAGUCUUUCGUGA